CACUGUUGAUACAGUUCAGAAAGGGAACCUUUUCUGCAAGAAAUGUGGGAGUCAUUUCACAAACACGUCCAACCUCAAAAGACAUGAGAGACAACAGCAUGGCAGGCAGGAACCAAUGAUGUGCAUCGAUUCUAUUAACGGAAUAUAUGUGACAACAAAAGAAGCCCAUGGGUUGAGACUACCGAUACAUGUGCAAAAGUCUUCAGUUAUUAAAUAUUUUGCCUGUGAAGUGGAAGCAUGCAUGGAUUUCAUGAGCAUAGCUGCAAAUGGAGGAAACCCUGGAAAAGAAUGUUUUCAUUUAGAAAGGACCAAGACAGCAACAUCAUAUAGUCCCCCAGAAGCACUGCACAAUGAUUCCUUGCAGGAGAUGCUGGAAAAAUGACUUUUUUCAAAAUCAAGACAAGAGGAAUGCACAGCGUUAAACCAAAAGGCUUGCUCUGAGGAUGUUGACUGUGUCUUUCCUAUUUUCUGGGGUGAGCAAGGCCUCUCUGAGCGAUAUAUAUUCUUUUCUGUGUAUACAGGCCAAAAGGACAAUUGGUGUAAGCUUGGAAGAACAAUCUGCACCUUUGAUACUAAAGUUGGUAAAUGGCACUGCAGAUGCAGAGGUACAAAAUACCGGAUAAGUUGUGUCCACAGAUACUUAUCCAUGUGGUGGCUUUUCCAAGAGCAUCCCCAGCUUCUACAAAAUGCAGUGGACUCCUCAAAUGAGGAAAUUGAAGAUGUAGAAGAGAUGAUCAGUACCCCUGAUGACAUCCACCAUCAUUCUGAACAUUCACGUAGUGGUAUCAUCACACAGACCAACUACUUUUGGAGGUCAAAAAGAAUCCCAGAGGACCUUCCAGAGGAUUUAACCACAACAGAGAAGCCCAUUCCUGAAAACUUUGAACCACUAGAAGUACAGUGCCCAUACUGUCCUGGACCAUGUCCUCCAGAUCUUGAAAGCAAAAUACUCAUCACCCGACAAGCAACUGUUUACGGAAUAUUUAAACAAUUUAAAGGUGUUUCUGUCUGUGCCAAGGAGUGUCCUGUCUGCAAAAACCUGGUCCGGUUUCAGGAAUAUGAGAGUGGGUUUCACAACUACAAUAACAGAGUUUUCUUAUCAAUCCCCUUAUGCUCUCUUCUGACAUCUGGUAUUUCAAAUCACAUUGCUGUGGGUCGCCUGUUCAGAACCAUCGAAUCCCAUUCAAGAUCUGCCUUGCCAGUCAACACUCUAAGAAAGGCAUUCUACCAUUUCUGUGCGUUAAGACAGUACUCAUAUAAUUUCUUUUGUUUCCGCUGUGGAUACCACCCAUCCAUUGUCAUAGCAGACACCAACUGGAAAGUCGCAUUCGAUUUACCAGUCAAUCUCAUGAGACGCCCAGACAUAGAAAACAUUGGUCCCCAGGACACCCAGGUUAAUGUGGCAGCAAGAUGGGAGAACCUAGAAAAGGAGAUCAUUGCCACUGGAUUUUGUGAUGAGUCAUCUAACAACCCUUUCAGGAGUCCGCUUACAUAUUCAGCAUUUCCACCUUGGAUUGGGAAGGACACCAGAGUCAAUGACAAUCUUCCCAAAACCGAAGUGUACAAAGGUCUCUCUCAAAGUGAAAGGGCGAACUCUGCACGCCCUGAAACCCGUGAAGUUGAUGAAGACAAGAUUUUGAAAAUACUAGACUCAAGAUCGUAUUAG